UAGUUGAGAACAGCGAGCGAAAGCGAUAGCGAGAGAGAGAGAGAGAGAGAGAGAGAGAGAGAGAGAGAGAUGGGGGCGAGCUCAGCUUCAUCGUCGGCGCCGGCGUACCCGAGCGCCGCGAGGAUCUCCGAUUCACCGUGCUUCCCUCAGUACUCCGCCUCUCUUAGAUGUUUAGAGGAAUCCAACCAGGACAAAAGCAAAUGUCAGCAACAAUUUGAUGAUUAUAAAGAGUGUAGAAAGAAAGAGAGGGAAGCUCGCUUAGAACGCAAUCGGAAAAAAUCCUUUUUCUAAUAAAAGCUAUGUGAUGCAUCUGCACCGAAAACAGUCAAUCCAACAACUUCAAACUAUACACACAGAAGUUAAAAAAGAAAGGCAAUUCACAGGAGUCAACAUGCAAUUGCAAAUGAGAAUGUGAAUUCUGUACCUUUGUUUCUUUGUUUCAUCAUAAAAUAAAUUUGGUUGGCUCUGUAACUUGAUGGUUUUUAAAUGGCAUGACAAAUUAAAUUUUUCAUUACAAAAAACCUGGUUUUUCAGACAUGUCUAUCUAUUGAAUUGCUGUAAAUUGAUGAUACUUGAGCUUGGAAUCAUUCAACC